AUGUCGCGCUCACGCUCGCCUCGGGCGGGCUCAGCGGGCGCCUCUCGCUCGAGCGACAACGACGACGCUCCCGUGGCCUCCACAUCCUACCGCAUCGAGCGCUUCGACUCCUCCUCUACCACCGAUCUCAUGGUCACAUCGCGCUCGAAGCGCAGCACCGCAGGUAAUCGCCUCAAAGCGCUGCUAGAUCAGGAGCUCGAGAAGGACGAGGUGUUCGCUGAGGUCGAGAACGACGUCGACUUUGAGGCGAACGAGCACGACGACGGCGUCGACAUUGUCGACAGCGACUUUGACCGCGACUCGGACGACGAUGCACGCGCCGGUGUCGACGACGACUCUGCGGGCGAGCGCGAGAUCGAAGCGCAAGAAAAGGCGGACAAGCAGAAACGCCGUGCCACCGCGCGGGCGGUGGGAAUCGUCAAGCGUCCUGCGCCCGUCCGUGCGCCGCCGGAACCAAAGCGUCGUCGAAUCAGCUUUGCGCCGCAAGAAGCCACCAGCCGCUCGUCACCAAGCUCCACACGCGCCGGGUCGGCGGACUCGCCAGCGGGACGCAGAAGUUCGGCACGCACAGCGACGGUGCAGUCCAAGCUGCAGGUCGAGACGCGUCUCGAGGAGGCGACGCAGCGCAAGGCGGCCCAGCCCGUGCGGGUGGUGCAGAAGAAGAAGGAGAGUCUCACGCAGGAUGCGCUGAUCGCAGAGGCGCUCGAGGUCGAGGAGGAGAACAGGGAGAGCUUGCGCAGGUUCUUGGAGCAGGAGGAGGAGAGGAGGGCAAAGCAGAGGCAGAGAAAGGAGCGCAUCACCGGGCCGUUUGUCAGGUGGGUCAGUGUAGGGCUCAAGACGCGUGUCGUCGAGGAUGUGACGCUGCAGAAAGUACGCGCAGUGGACGCCGGUGCGAGCAAGGAAUCCGCAGAACAGCCCGGCACGAUGACUGCGACACAGCCAAGCGCUGUGCAAGAAGGUGUCGAAGGUGAAAGCAGUGCGCCAGAUCCAGCAGCCGUUGCGCAUGGCCACGCCGCGGCUUCGUCUCAAGGAGCACAAGAUGAUGCGCAGGCCACUGCCAAGUCGGAGGAACCUGCAACAGCAGUGCAAUCUGCACCGGCCGCAUCGACAUCAGGCGUUGAUCCCAGGGGCACCUCCGCUCCCUCGCCCGCUCACCACAGCGAGGCGUCAAAAACAUCACCUGCAUCCAACCUGGCUUCUUCGAGCUCGCUCACGCUGGACCCGGUUCUAGCAGCGCGCGCCGAGACGCUUUUGCAACGAACCUCUACCUCCACACACGCUCCUUCCUCCGCCCCCUCCGCGUCAGAUAGUGGGUGGGAGAAGCAAGCGCGCACUUUACUAUCCGUCGAACGGAUGCCCGAGGACUGGGAGUGGUUGGACGAGUUCAACGCGCUGCUUGGCACUCACUGCAACUGGGAGUCGUACCCUUUCGUUCCGCAUCGCAAUCGACCCCUGCGACCGCGCCAAAGCGUCUGCCCAAUCACAGGGCUGCCGGCGAUCUACAAGGAUCCCAGGACGGGCAUCCCGUAUGCAACCGCCCAUGCCUACGCAGUCAUCACCAAGGUCAUCCAGCAAAAGUUCAGGUGGUCCAAUGGUCCAUGGGGCAUCUACACCGAUCAUGAAGAUGAACCUGGUCCAGCCAAGGUGUGGCAGAAAGCUAGGGAGAUCAGUCCGAAACCAAAGCCCGAAGAAAGCAAGGAGACCAAGGAGACCAAGGAGGAGAGAGGCAAAGAGAAGCAAAAGCAAAAGGAAAAGGAGGACAAACGAUCCAAACCUGGCUUCGACGUUGUGCUCACCAACGCCAUCGCUCCGGGAGAUGAAAAGGCGCUACUCGCUCAGGCGCUCUCCCUCCCCGCUGGCUCAACACGAUCAGGUAGACGCGUCCAUCGUACCUAA